CUUCAAUGCUCUUUAUUAGUGUGUGCCUGCCACUUGUCACAUCAAUAUCCAAUUCUUCAAAUUCGCAUUCGCAGCAUUGUGGCGAAGCCUCCCCUACUCGGGUUUCAAGGCACGUCUUGGUCUUUGCUAGGCUGAUGCGAGGCACAUAACAGCCAGCGUGGGCAUCGCCCUCAAACCACAUGCCAGCAUGACGAGGAGACUAUUCCGUACCGGCAUCCAGUUGGGCGUCAUAGCCACUCUCGUUCUCCUCACCAUCAUAUUUCUCGACAACCGAUACCGAGUCCUCCCUACAUCAAUCCACAAUCAUCUGCCUGCGCAUCAUCCGGGCUUUGUAGUAACAGACAUCACAGUUGUCACAUGCUCUUCGUUGAACCCUUUUUCCAGCUGUACAAAAGACGGCGCAUACUGGCACCGCAUCAACAAGGACCUAUACCUCAAUAAAGGCUACAUAUCGAAAGCCUACCUCCUCGUCGAACGGAAACGCGAAACCGAUCUCAAACCACAUGAAGAAGUCGUCCAUGAUAUCAAGGUAGGACGCCUUCAACCAUCUAGUAUUGGCACGACCUCUAAAGACGAACGCUGGGAAUCUCGCCCGGCAGGAAUAUGGAUCAAAAAAUCUGCCAAACGUAAUGAUGAACACAAGAUCGUUACCGGAGUGGACGUGCUCUUCGGUGCUGAUGCCGCAGACCCGCGAUCCAACUGGAAUGUCCAAGAUAUAUCUCUCUUUAUCGAUGGCGGCAGCAACGCCGCCGAACCACGCCUGACUGUACGCAAGGGCCCGGCUAUUAAAGUUGAAAAGCCUAUACCACGAAUUCGCAAGGACGGCAAGUUCAAAAUCAUGCAAGCCGCAGACCUUCAUCUUGCGACAGGACUAGGAGAAUGCAGGCAUGCUCUUCCCGAGAGGUCGAAAUGUGAAGCCGAUCCUCGGACAUUUGAAUUUCUUGAACGUCUGAUUGACGAAGAGAGUCCGGAUUUUGUCGUUCUGUCUGGCGACCAAGUCAAUGGUGACACCGCGCCCGACUCUCAGACAGCUAUAUACAAAUAUUCCGAGCUCUUUGCACGGCAUCGUAUUCCUUACGCCGGCAUAUUCGGCAAUCAUGACGACGAAGGCGACUUGGAUCGAGCAGCGAGUAUGGCCAUCAUGGACGGAUUACCCUAUUCGCUGUCCACUGCUGGUCCGGAGGACGUCGAUGGUGUCGGCAAUUACGUCGUUGAGAUCCUUGGGCGAGGCUCGACGUCCCACUCCGCUUUGACGCUGUACAUGCUCGACACGCACGCAUAUUCGCCAGAUGAACACAAAUACCAUGGAUAUGACUGGCUCAAGCAGUCUCAAAUCGAUUGGUUCAAAACCACAAGCCAGCAUCUGAAGCGCAAGCACCGAGAAUACACGCACAUCCACAUGGACCUGGCGUUCAUACACAUUCCACUUCCGGAGUAUAGAAAUCCCGACGGGCUCAAGUGGGUGGGUAAUUGGACCGAACCGCCAACUGCACCAGCGUACAACAGUAACUUCAAGGACGCUCUUGUCGAGGAAGGCAUUGUCAUGGUGAGCUGUGGACAUGAUCACGUCAAUGACUACUGUCUUCCUGCACUGGACAAAGAUAAAAAGAAGCCUGCACUGUGGAUGUGCUAUGGGGGCGGCGCCGGCUUUGGUGGUUAUGGAGGAUACUAUGGCUAUCAUCGCCGUGUGAGAUUUUUCGACUUUGACAUGAAUGAGGCGAGAAUCACCACAUGGAAAAGACUGGAGUGGGGAGAUACCAAAAGCCGAAUCGACGAACAGAUCAUUGUCGACGGCGGAAAGGUCGUCGUUGAUCUGUAGAUUCGUUUCCGCCCUACGAUUUACGAACCUGUCGUUCUCGCUUAUAAAGAUAACGCACGCAUUGUGUUCAGUAAAGAUUGGCUACUUGGGCAUAUAUUGUACCCUGGGAGGAAGUUAAAGCAGGAUGGGGGCAACACGAUCCCACAUAUAAUACGAUGUCCAUGGCCAUUGACGUAUAAAAUUCUAUAUCUGUAUUGUGAGUAUAUCUAC